UUGCUUUGCGUACACGUCGUCGUUAACGUUGUUCCGACUAAAACCGCGCGGUAGUGUGAAAAUUUAUAGAAGCUUUUGGUUGUUUUUGUACUGUGUGCUUUUCAUAUUAAAAACCCAGUUGUGUAAAAGCAAAAAUUCCUGUUUUUCUUUAAUUGUGUUUUUGUAUGUGUGUUCUUUACCCAUACUAACAUAUAUAUGGCUGACCUUUAUUGGGGUGGGCUAUAAAAAAGUACAAUUGGAAUUUUUACAAAUAAAUGGGGAAUAUUUCGCUGACAAAACCACUAGGACAAAUCAAAAAAGAAAAAUAAAGAAAGCAAUAACAAAAAUAAACUUUGCAGGGAAAUUAUAAAAAAAAGAACUAAAAACAACAGUGACGUCGCCGUUUAUUUGUAGAUUUAGAAGAGACGAGUGCGAAAAAAGGCGCUAAAGUUGGCAGAGAAGUUAACAUGUGUGUGUAUGUUUAGUAAAUAUUACUGACAGCAAUAACUUGAAAUAGAAAAAAAUCACAUCACAAUGGUUGAAAAAUUGGAUGCAAAUUCAGAACAACAAUUUGAUUUGAAUUUAAUUGAGGCGGUUAAAGUGAAUCCCGUCAUUUAUGAUCGUUCCCAUUACAAUUACAAGCAUUUUGUGCGUAAAGCCCAAGUGUGGAAACAAAUUUCCGAACAACUUGGUAUGCCUGAACAAAAAUGCACCAAACGCUGGAAAAGUUUACGCGAUAAAUUUGCCCGAGAAAUGAAAUUAAGCACUGAAUCACGUUGGCGAUAUUUUAAACAAAUGAGUUUUCUCGUAGAGUCUAUAAGGCAAUAUCGUGAAUCAUUGUUGGGCAAAUGUGGUCCUUUGCCCACAACUCAGACGACUACUACCACUCAAGUAACCCAGGUGGAUGCAAAUCAGCAGCAACAACAACAGCCGCAACAACAACACGCUGUUGUCGAUAUAUUUCCCUUUAAUGGAGCUGCCGCAACAUCAACACAAACUCUGCAUCAUCCACAUGUUAAUAUUACAGUUACAGGCGACACUCAACUGACCACAACAACGGUGGCAGCUGCAAAAGAUACAAAAAACUUUUACUAUGAACCACCUUUAAAACGUGAACGUGUUGAUGAUGAUGCACAACAACAACAGCAGCAACAACAACAGCAACAGCAGCAGCAACAACAACAGCAGCAACAGCAACAAUUGCAACAACACAAUGAUAAUAUGUUGAAUACCAUAAAAAUAUUUCAAAAUUCUAUAUCGCAGAGUGUCAAUCCCGAGGAUCAAUCGUUUGGUGUGGUGGUCACCGAUAUGCUGAAUACACUGGGUGUGCGACAAAAAGCUGAAGCUAAAGUUCAUAUAAUUAAAUAUUUAACGGACAUGCAGUUGCUGGCUCAACAUAAUAAAUAUUGAAAUAAAGCUAAAAAAAUAAACAUAACUUAAGCACAGAAUAAGUAUACAAAUAUGUAUGUA